ACAAGCAAUUAUCAGUCAACAUUUGCGUUUGACAGCAAAACAAAAAGAACUAAUAAAGGUAUUAUUAUAGGAACCGUCGUUAAUGUUUGCAUUCACCGGCGUAAAUCCAAAUCGAUACUUUUCCUAACCAUUUGAACUAUUCAACCCCGCAAUUGCAACAGUGACUAUCCACAAAGAAACAGAGAAUCACAUUAGUUCUAAAUUCAACUAAAUUAAUCAAUGUUUUAACUAUAUUCGUGUGAUUUUGUUCAUAAAAACAUAUAAAAAUGUCUUUAUUUAAAUCUCGUGAGUUUUGGGCGACUGAAAGUGAUCUCACAAACGAAGAAUUCGACUGUAUGUCAUUGAAAUUAAACAAAUUAAACUCCGAAAAUGAUUUUAUCCUUUGUGGGAGUCAUAUGGGAGUGCUUAGGAUAUACAAACCAUCAUGUGAUAUGAGUAAAGGCACUCUUUCUGGUUAUAAACCUUCAGAUUUAUUCGUGGAGAAACAUUUAGCCGCUCCAAUUUUACAAAUUGAUUGUGGCCGUCUUGUGUCAGGUUCACCUUUGACACAACUUGCAAUUUUACAUCCGCGAAGUUUUGCAGUGUAUAGUUUUGCAACGAAACAAGGAACAACUGAACAAGGUAAUCAAAACAUGGUAAAUUUACUUUACGAGCAUAAACUGCGUCGAUCUGCGGCGAAUUUCGCAAUCGGGCAAUUCGGAAACACACAGAAUCGCGAUUUUAUCGCUGUGCAAUCUCUUGAUGGAAUGAUUUCAUUCUACGAACAGGAAACUUUCGUCUUCUGCUGCUUCCUUCCCGAUUUCUUAUUGCCUGGAUGUUUGGUGUACAUGAAGCGCACUGAUUGCUUUGUAAUCACUGGAUCGUCGAUGACAAUAGAAAGUUACAGUUAUAAAAAUUUAUCGUCAUCUGGGCAAAACAGUGACGAAAAUGAUGCUGGAGGCACAAAAUGUCAGUGUGAUUGGUCAAUUAAUGUUAACGAACACAUUCUUGAAGUGGAAUAUUUGUAUGAUGGCUUUUCUAAAGAGAGUUACAUUGUCGCAUUGGGCGAGAAAAAUAUAUUCUGUAUGAAUCACGCGGGGAAAAUGAAGUUUAUGAGAAGAUUUGACUUUACACCGAUGACGAUGACUGCGUUUUUAAUAAAUGAAAAUAUAAUGACUUCAGUAGUGUCCGAAACAAGCACACUGUUAAUUUAUGAAAACACAACUUUAAAAUGGUCCGCGCAGUUACCAGACGUACCUGUGGCAGUUGGACGGGGACAUUUUCGUAAUCUACGAGGUGUUUUUGUUACCCUUGGAGAAAAUGGUAACCUACGAUGUUCUUAUUUAGGAACUCAACCAAAUCUUUUCCAAGCUCCACCUCUACAAAGCAUUGAACUGGAUUAUGCAGAUGCUGAUCGAGAAUUGGCAGAAUUAACCAAAAUAAUCAAAUCAUCAUAUAACGAAUUAAAAGGUUCAAGUACAAUGGAUGACUUGACAAUGACUUGUAACGUUGUGUCUCUGGAUGAUAAACAAUCAACAGCAGACAUUGAAGUGACAUUAGUAUCGAACGUUGUGUUUGAAGAGGUGAAUGUCCUCAUCAACGUCAUUAAACCUUUCGUGGCAAGCCCUAACUUGAUGUUUUUUGAUGCCAACUCUAAUUCAAGAAAUACAUUCACUUCAACAAUAAAAACACAAUUUUACGAUGCAAAUAUGAAGUCAUCAAACAAUAUUGACUUGAUAAACUCUUUGGAUGUAGAAAUUGUUGCUACUUGUGUGUCUACAAUUGGAAUACCUAAAGUAAUUCGACAAGUUAUAACUUUAGCACCUAAUAUUGUGUAUGCAGCUACGAUUCCUCAAAAAGAAAAUCGUUUAAAACUUGUUUUAAAUAUUAAUGAAACAGCACCAUCUCUUUUGGAUUUAUUUCCGGAGUUUGGAGACGUUACAACACCAAAUACAAUGGCCCUGAAGUUAAACUUAGGCCAUUCUGAAAGUGAAGCAGAUAAACUUGAUGUUGUGACUAUAUUAUUGGCUAAAUCAUCGUCACGGUACAGAUUACAAGCUGAUAAACUCUCGGUUUUAUUUGUUCCGUUGAAAUUAUUAGUUGAUCGACUUCAGAAACAUUUUGCAACAAAUCGGAACUUUAAAAUCACUUACAGUGGUUCUGUCCCUUUUAAGGAACUCUUUAUGGAUGUUAAAAUGCAUUAUAAAGUAACUCAAGAUAUAGAAAGAAGUCAAUUGCAAUUGAUUGAACUUGGUGGACAGUUUCGAAUGAUUCAAAAACGUCUUAUUUCUAAGUUUCGUGAUAGACAUCCAAUGCCAUUGCAGAAUCUGAACAUGUUACUGCAGGACACUUAUAGUGAAAUAUUAUUAGUGACUGAAAAACUGGAGGUGCUGCAUGGUAAUCUGGGACAGUGUCAACGACAUUUGUCCAAUAGUAUAGCGACAAUUGGAUUGUUGUUACUAUUGAGUAAUAGCAAUAUUGACGAAGUAAUACUGGCUAAUUUGUUUAAUAAUCCGAUUGUUGACGUUGACGGUUUGCAAUGGGAGGACUUAAUGGAUGCUAAUAUUUCAUACCUUUUGAGGACAUUGUUAGCAAAGUCAGAGAAAGAUAAACUGCGUGGAUGUGUGGAUAGUUACGAAAGAGUUACGGAUUACAAUAAGUUUGAAAAGCAUUUAGGAGUGCUUAUGGAAAGAUUGUUAAAGAAAGGUGUUAAAAUUGAUGAAGAAUCAGAUAAUACAGAUUUGAGGGAAGAAAAUGAUAACGACCAGGAAGAAAAUGUUGGCCUUUCUAUUGGAAGUAAAUAUGCAGAAUCAAGCACUCGGGCUCUUUCAGCACGGCAUCGAAUGUAAAUAUUAAUGAAGUAUUAUAUUAACUAUAUUAACGUAAAUAAUUCCUAAUUUAAAGAAGAUAUAAGAAAAUGCUAAUAAUAAAAAAAGAUGUGUUUUAA